AUUAAAGUACCCAUAAAGUACUUUAAUAUGCAUUCAUCUUUAGUGAAGUUGUCAGGGACAUUAAACGGUCUGUUUAGUAUUAGGCUCAGAGGUGCAAGGCAAAGCCAUUUGUGUAGUUAAUAUCCAUAUCAGAAGCAUGAAUCUCUGCCAUGUAAAGGGUUUGUGCCAAAGCAAAUUAGUUUAUAGGUAUGAAGGAUAAAUAAAGGCAUCAGGGAAGUAAUGAGGUACAAUAGUUUAAAGUAUAGGUAAAGAAAGAAGCGUCUGAGGGGUUAAUGUUGAUUGCAGAGGACAAUCUUGUAAAAAGGAGGUAGACUCCAUCUGGAAAGGGAGGAGAUUUCCUUGUGUGACAUGUACACACACAGUUACAUGCUGCUAAAUAGUCAUUGUGACUGUGGCUCUCACACCCCUCUUCUACAGCUACUUCUUCACACGUAUGCAAUCAGUUGUUCCUGCCACACGCAUUCUUUCACGCUGAGCACUUGUGCCCACUGUUACUGAAUGUGUCACCAAUCUGGACCAAGCUGGCUAAGUGGCCAGGACCUUGCUUCCUUCUGUGCAGUGAGCCAUGCCACACCAUGUAUUCCACAUCUGGUAAUGAUUAUCUCUAGAUAAACAUCAUUAUGAUUCCUGUAUCCCCCCUUCUUCAGAAGUCUGUGAGAGGGACCUCAGCAACUGACCGUCUGGAAGCAGAUAAAGCCAAGUAUGUGAAGACGCCACAGGUGAUCGAACGUAGGCAAAACCCAGCAAUUAAUGCCAGUCUGACACCAACUGUGCCACAAAGAUCUUUUACUAGCAAUAGCUGUGUGCCACAAAGAGAACAUUGUCUCAACAAUAGUAUCAAUCCUUCUAUGCAAAGGAAAACCAUUUCACAGCAUUGUGAUAAACUAAGGACAGAUCAAUAUCACUGCUUAAAUGUCACUCCUACAAUACCCAGGAGACCACUUCAGCCACAUCAUAGGACUGAGGCACAGGCAGAUCAGAAUACUGCAACCCCCUCUACAUCCACAAAACAGAAUUUACGUGUAUCUCAUGAUGGUAAUCAGCAAGGGCAAACCACAAGUUCUCCACAUGUCCAUCCGCAGUGUUUGCGUAGGGUUAGCGCUAGGAGGCUUUAUCGGCCCGACUCACUAAUUAUCUAUCGGCAGAGACGUGGCGUGACACUACCUGGCAAAGAGAACAGUGAGGAUGGACCAGGACUGGUCAUACGGCUUCUUCAGGGGACGCCAUUGCUUAAGAGGAGCAAUCCUCUUUCACGUAAUUCCACCCACCAAAGGCCUCAGGAAAUUCCUGCCUCGCCUAGGGAGCAAAAAAGCAUAGAAGGGUCUCUGGUCUGCCAGCCCUCUUGCCUUUUGGUCCCUGAAAAACAAAAGACUGCAUGGGAUGAACAGACCUUUACUACUCCUACUGAUGUUGAAAAGUUUUUUGAGAGUUGUGGGUUGGAGGGAAGCCUUCUAAAUCUAUUAGGUAAUUUCUACAAAAUGAGUGGGGACACACCUUUAGGAAGCCUAGAAUCAGUGAACGGUGUUAGUGGUGCUCGAGGAGCACCACUCAAUGAUGAUAAAGAGGAAAAGACUCCAGUGUCUGUUAUUGAGAGGAAUGCACGGGUUAUAAAGUGGAUCUACAGCUGUCAACAAGCCAGGGCUGUUGGGGGUCAUAAAGAUAAGCAAAUAGCACGGGAAUCUACUGUGUAAAAUGGAUGUUGGCGAUGAGAAACCUUAGAGAAGAUUUGCCUGUUGAUGGAAAGGCUGAAUCUAAAGGACCUGUAAAACUCAAAUGCAAGAGUACUGGAAGAACUGAGAAAACAAAUCAGUGGAUAACAGAUUGAGGCGUCAUUGAUUCAUUUAUCAGUUUUUCCUUCUUCAUACAGUUUUGUUGUGUAUCUAUUUUGUACACUAUUAUGUUUUGGUAUCCUUGAUAACAUGCACCUAACCUUUAUUUGUUCUUCCGCUCUCAUUCCUAUUGCUCCAAACCUAAGUACUCAGUUACACAGUUUUUUGGUAUUAGUUUACUUCAAAGAUUGCAACAUACCACAACACAAAAACACA